ACAGACUCCAGGGACAUAGACGCAGCACAAGUUUGUUGCCACGUCCACUCUAACGCCCACACUUUCCAAAAAUGUUAUGAUAUUUAUUCAUUUUUAUAUUGGUCUUGUAAAUUUCUAUCGAUUUGCACAAAAAGCUCUUUGCCACGACCACUCUAACGCCCACAAACCGCCAAAACUGUCAGUGUCGAAGACUCUCCAAUAGCUGUGUAACGGGUAUCAGAUAGUCGGGGAACUCGACUAUAGCGUUAUGUCUUGUUUUGUAUUUGUAUUUUAAUCACUUUUAAUCUACUUCUAGCUUUCAGUAGUAAUAGGCGUGCAAUCUUGAGAUGAUAUAAUAUAUUGGCAAUUAUUUAUUAUAUACAAAUUUAUAAGUAACAUUGGAAUUAAUAAUAAUAUCAAGCAUCUGGCCACAAACUUUGCGAGUCAUUUUUUGAGAUAGCGGAGAGAGAUAUAGCAGAGAGUAUUAUCAAAGUAUUUAGAUGGUUCCACAGUUUAGGGUUAUGAUAACCAUUUCCUCUAUUUUAUAAAUAGGAGGAUACGCUAUAGUAUAAGAGGAACCGCGACAGUCCAUUUCGUCGAUUAUCAGAUACCUAUUACUCAGCUUGUAGGAGUACUGGGUAUAGCUAUUAAAAUUGGCCAAGCAAAUAGUAAAAUCAAAAAUCUCAAGACAUUUUUCUAAACAAAAUCUAAAAAUUUUUCAAAGUAUGACACUUUAGCUCGGUUUGUGAGCAUUACAGUGGACAUGGAAAUCUUCUGUGGCGAUCCAGCGCUGCGUUUACAUCUCUUCCUGAUCCCAAGAUCUCUGCGUUCAUACGGACGGACAGUCGGACAAGGCCAGAUCGACUCGAAAGGGUAUACAAAUAUUGGCGUUUUAGAAUUAACGAGUCUAACCUCUUAAGCAAACACAGUUUAGAAUGGAUCAUAUCAUGCGCAACUAAAAGUUUAAUGGGCUAGAGAGUUUAAUAGAUAAAGAAUUGAAGUACCUCCAAGGAUCACGUCUGCUUUUACGUAAGGAAUGACAAAAAAAUUUGGGUUUUUAACGUCGCAGUUAAUUUAACUUAUAUUCAUUUUGCGAUUUUCUACAAUGAUGCUUGGGAUUUAACACUAAAGCUCCCAAAAAUAUAAAAGGGUAUUAUUUGCGCAUAAGCAUAGCUCUAGAUAAACAACUCGAGUUUACCUCGGGCAAUUUCUUAGUCAACCUUGGUCACCUGCCGUCGUCGUCGCCAUUAUCUCGGCACCUGCACCUGCCGAUGCUCCCGUUCCUGUUCCGGAUUCCUGAUGCCGCAACCUUGAGCCGGCGGCACUGACCUAGAAUUGUGUGGGCCACCCACCAGCACGCGUCCCACUGCUCAGAUAGAGGUCAACGACGGCUGUUGCACUUGUUGGGGCUUUCCCGGCGCCACGCAAUGCCGGGCAAUGCCACACGACCGGCGCGUGCUCCAGUUUGAGUUCCAUGGUCGGGUGCAGCCGCUCCAGCAGCGAACAAGUGGACAGACGGACGGCGGACGUCGCCAGUUUGUCGCCCACGGCGCCGAUUAGAGGCCGUGCUGCAGAUGCUUUAGAUACAUAAAUGCUUUAGAUGCUGCUGAAAGGCUGUAUCAGAUGCUCGGGCGAUACAAUCGGAUGAAUCGAUGACAGAGGCUUGCUCAUUUGCCGGCUUGCCGCUCCUUGUCGCACACACCCUUGCUCACUUGGCGGCGAUCGCCGUGCGGCGAAUAUGUUUAUUCCCCGUUUCCUACCCCAAUCUCGGCCAGCACGCGCUACGCGUUGCCAGGGGGUGGUUGCUGCUGCAUCUUAUUGGACGGCUGCCGCAGGCGGUAAAAAGGGGUUGAGCGGCGGCAGCGGAGGGCAGGUCGUCCGCUCGACGUGUGCUGCAGAAUCAGUCGAACGCCGUUCGCGCACACGAUAAGUCACGUGCUCAAACUAGCUCCGCCAGCCCGGUCGCCUACUGCAUCUGCAACUUGCUGCCAGUGCCACUCGCAACACUAGCAACACGCAACGCGCAACACUCGCCCAGCGACAACUGCUACAGCAACACACCAGUGUCAAGUGCGCAGGAGCAGCGAGUAAACACUGCGAGUCACCACACACAAUGGAUCACAACAUGCACGUGAACGCGCCGUCGCUACACCACUGGGGCUACGCCGCCGGACCCGGAGUGGUCAUGCCCGGCGCCAGCGUCACAACACCCCAAAGCCACUGGGUGCCGCCGCCGCAGAGCCACCACAGCGCCCACAGCAACCACAGCCAUGGGCACAGCCAGAGCCACAGCCACGGGAUUGGCAGCCUGAAGCGGACGCUCUCCGAGAGCGACUGCGACGAUCUUUACUCCGAGGAGUCCUCUAAAGAACAAAUCUCGCCCAGUGAGCCGGGCAGCUGCCAACUAAUGAGCCGCAAAAAGCGACGAGGAGUGAUCGAGAAGAAGCGGCGGGAUCGGAUCAACUCCUCACUUACCGAACUCAAGCGCCUGGUGCCCUCCGCCUAUGAGAAGCAGGGAUCCGCCAAGUUGGAGAAGGCCGAAAUCCUCCAGCUGACCGUGGAGCACCUCAAGAGCUUGCAGUCCAAAACUCUCGACUCGCUGAGCUACGAUCCGCAGCGAGUGGCCAUGGACUACCACAUCAUCGGGUUCCGCGAGUGCGCCGCCGAAGUGGCCCGCUAUCUAGUCACCAUCGAGGGCAUGGACAUCCAGGAUCCUCUGCGCCUGCGCCUGAUGUCUCACCUCCAGUACUUUGUGCAGCAGCGCGAACUCUCGGCAAAGAGCUGCGCCAGUCCGGGCGGCUGGACACCGGCUGCUCCCAGCUCCUCCGGUUACCAACCCAACUGUGCAGCUGCUCCCUACCAGAGCUAUGCGGCGCCAGCGAACCCGGGUGCCUAUGUAUCCAGCUACCCCACUUUGAGCGCCUCGCCCUCGCAGCAGGCUCAGCAACUGGGAGGACGCACCAGUGUCUCGCGGACUAGUGGAACUGCCGUAAACGAAUCGCUGCCCAGCCAUGAUCUCCACUCUGAGAGCAGCAGCCAGCAACAGCAGCAGCAGCAGCAGCAGCAACAGCAGCAACAGCAGCAACAGCAACACCAGCAGCAGCAUCAGCAGCAACAGCAACGGACGCAGACAACACCUCAACCGGCGCAGCAGCAGCAGCAGCAACACUACACCCACGACCACAGCGCAGUGCAUCCCGAGCAGCAGGUGCCCACCUACAUAGAACUCACCAACAGCAAUCGCCCGGCGGCCUUGGGUUCCGAGAGCCUCAGCUAUAGUGCCGCUCCUCAGUACCCGGUCAGUGGACUGCCAGGCCAGGAUUACAACAACUCCAGCGUCCUACAGUAUGCCACUCCCAACGGAGCCAAGCCCUAUCGUCCUUGGGGUGCCGAGAUGGCCUAUUGAUUGGAAAGUUUGCCUAAGAAGGAAUAUUUCAACGUCUAGUCAGAGCAGACCAAGUGUGAUAGUCUUAAGUUUCGCAUCCUACACAGAGAAAAAACAGAGAACAACCAGAGAAACAACGCAGUGAGAUUAGCUAGUGCCGUUAGCAUAUAAACUUAAGUUAUUCAUAAUGAUACCUAUAGUUUGGAACAUUUUGUGAGUCUAUUGUAAAUAAACGCAUGAGUUUGUAAGAGAAAA